CCUCUUUCCAACGACGAACACAGGCGUGAGUCAGCGUUGGAGACUGCCUUCAGCACAAUCCACCACAUCCUGCAGCUUGUCGCGGUCCUAUACCAGGUCCAGCAAAGUUAUCAACUCUACCAGGCCGCUAGCAUCGUCGCCUGGAGCCCUUCGAAUCAAAGAGACUGGAAAAUCCCGCAAACUGUGUCCACAUUCAUCGCGACAAACUUUCUGGGUUCUUUUGACCAUGCAUCUAUCCUCCUUUGGCUAAGAUGAUUUUGCUGGGGAGCACAACGCAAGGAAUUACCCGUCAACUGAUGCCGGAGAUGAAAGCCAGCGACUCAUCACGAAUCAUGAUGUUCGAGGAGUCCCCAACGGUGUCCCGCAUCCCUGGUUUUCUCCAGCCUCGCCUUACACCCUUGUCCCAAUCUUUCCCUCAAACAGCGCACUCCAGCCGAAGACGCCCUACUCAGUGAUGCGAAAUGCGACUCCAGUCUGCAGAUGCAGAUGAGCUGGCCCCAGAACACGGCACAAGAUGACGGAAUCCCUACACAGUACGGAGUAUUCGGCCUUGCCGGACCAAUUAGUAUCUACUCUCCAUUCGAGAAGUAACGGUCAACGUACUCCAGCUGACGAAUUAUACCCUGCUCUCACGCGAUGAGUGAAAUCCUCUAGCUGAUAAAGACAAUGGCUGGCUCAACAAUACCAGUUGGAAGGCAAAUGGCAGGGCAGAAACACUUCAAUUCAACAGAGCGAAGUCUCAUCGUUUUCCUCACACCCCACCCAUCUAACUCUAGGGCUAAUUCAACAUGAAAAUACCAGGUGCGGAUAGUCGGCAAGGCUAACGAGCCUGGAAUACCACAGUUAUCUGAUGUCUCUGAAAGUCAUCCAAACUUCAAGAGGCUCGCGCAAACAAGUAUUCACCUUCGUUGGGCUUUCCGCCUGAGGUUUGUACCGCCACCGUCAUUUUCGUGGCUGUCUCAGAGUUCCUCGACAUUCAGGAAGAACACCCCAUGAAGGUCAAUCUUAGUCGACUCACAAGCUGGCUAACCACAGAGGUCGUUUACACGAUAGGCGAAGGCGAGCCACCGUUCGAGAAUUAUCCUAUUCGAAACAUUUGAUCCUUCCACUCCCUUCUCAAGAGCCAUGUGGAUUGAAUCCUGGCAUUUUUCCAGAUCUGAUCUCAGCACCAACUGUAGAGACGCAUCACCCACCCUGCGCUACAACUCCAAUCGAAAAGGUAGGUCGAUGCUGGUAUCACACCACCUUGGCAGGAGGUUAUUCCCACAAAUCUGCUCAAGAUUCCACCCCCUGGAAGCAGGGGCGUGGAUACGGCAUGGUAUGGCAAUCCUCGCUGUGGAUCGCUGCCCUAGGUCCGCUCUGCGCGCUCACCGCACUCUCACGUACCCAGCACAGCGACCGUGGCUCACCACUCGCUCCAACCCGCCACUGUUCGAACAAGGUGGAUUGUUCCGCAACCAGUCCAUCUCACCACCGCGCAUGCGAGGGGUGAAGACCUCAUGGGCCUGUGGUCUCACUCAGCACAGACACAUUUCCCUGAAUCUUUCGGCGCGGCAUGUGGAAUGAAGGCACAGCGAAGCCAUCGGUUGCUGAUAUCGCAAAAAAAAGAGAGAUAGCCCCUUCUCCGAACAUGACAAGAAAUAGGACAAGGGAUGCGCGUGGGAGUUAAUCAUUUAUUUUUGUUACAUUCGUUCUUCUCAAGCCUCGACCUCUCAAAUGAGGGCCUAUACACACAAGCACCCAGCCAUCGCUCUGGUCUUGUGGACUCCCGAUAAGCUCAAGAAUUUGGUCAUCUGAAACUGUUCUUACAUGUUGAGGGCAACCAAUCUGCCCAUCCAUAGGACGAUCUUCGAACGCUGCCGUUCGCCU